AUGCGGUGGACACUCAUUCUUUUGGGCGCCUCCGUGGCGUCCGGCGCGGUCACGGAUUUCAUGAAAAAAUUGAGCCCUAAUCUGCCGCUCUCAUCUUUCGGUUCAUUCAAAACCAUGUCCAUCCAAGAUGUCAAGCAGGGAAAGGAUCUUCUGGGUAAAUUUUUAGAUGCCCCAACAAACAAACAAGCACCCGCGCCCGCUGCUGCUCCAGCCAAUUUCCAAACCUUCGCAGCUGCAUGCAAUGGCAAGACAAACAUGCGCACUGAAUGGCGCAGCUUCUCGCACAAUGACCGGCUGGCAUUUGUAAAUGCGAUCAAGUGCUUGACCAACAGACCCGCCUCUGGCAGGUUCUCGGGUGCAAAGAACCGCUACGAAGACUUCGCCCGUCUCCAUCAACAGCAGCUAUCAGAUAUCCACGGCAAUGAUAAGUUCCUACUGUGGCACCGAUACUUCGUCUGGGCUUUCGAACAAGUGCUGCGUGACGAGUGCGGUUUUAACAGAAACUUUCCCUGGUGGGAUGAGACCAAGGAUGCCGGCAGAUUCGCCCAGUCACCCAUAUUCACCAGCGACUACUUCGGUUCCCUUCCUCGCCCUGUAAACGGACAAGGCGUCUGCAUUACUGAUGGUGCAUUUGCCAGACUUACGUGCAAUAUCGGCCCUGGCACACAAAACCGCCCUCACUGCCUCGCACGGGCAGUCAACGAGCAGCAAACCGCCCAAUGCACCAACGAUUUCGUGAAGACUUGCAAUUCCCGAACUACCUAUCCUUCUAUGCACAGCUGUGCCGAAACCGGUCCCCAUGGUUAUGGUCACAACGGUAUCGGCAGCGUCAUGGCCGACGUUGCUGCCAGCCCAAGCGACCCCAUCUUCUUCAUGCACCACGCCUUCAUCGAUAGAAAUUUCCGUGUUUGGCAGAACGAGGCCCAAUCCCGCUGGACUACCAUCAGCGGUAGAGUCGCUGGUGGUGGCGCCCUCACCUUGGACACCCGCAUCAGCAUGGGUGGCAUUGUACCCGAUGUUAGAGUCCGUGAUAUCUUGGAUACCCUGGGUGGAGCUGCGAUCGGUGGGAAGAAUUUCUGUUACCGCUACAAUUACUAG